CUCGAUGUCGACUUUGCGAGCGACCAUCUUUUUUGACAUCAGCAGACAUCGAUCGUAAGAAGUCUCGGCUGGUCGGAAAAAUCAAUCCGUUUUUUCGUAAUUUCCUGAUCUGGCUUUCAUCCGUAGUACAGGAAGGCGCAUAAUGUUCAAAUCGGUGGUUCCAAUCUUUGGCCAAGUGCCAACAGCGGUAUGUUCCGCUCAGCCGAAUUGCGGAAUGGCCACAUUAAAGGCCAUUUCGAUUCGCCUCAAGUCAGUCAAAAACAUCCAGAAGAUUACCCAGUCUAUGAAGAUGGUUUCCGCUGCGAAGUACUCGCGUGCUGAACGUGAUUUGAAGCAGGCCAGGCCUUACGGUAUUGGUGCUCAACAGUUCUACGAAAAAGCAGAGGUUGCCGUAAAGGAGGCAGAACCGAAGAAGCUGUACAUCGCUAUCACUUCGGAUAGAGGUCUUUGCGGCGCUGUUCACACUGGCGUUGCACGUCACAUCCGUGGUGAAUUGGCUGACGAUCCUAACAUUAAGGUCAUUUGUGUAGGUGACAAAUCGCGCGCUAUCCUUCAGCGCCUGUACAGCAAGAACAUUGAAAUGGUCUGUAAUGAAAUCGGCCGUCUGCCACCGACUUUCCUUGAUGCUGCCAAAUUGACCAAUGCAAUCCUAAAUCUAGGAUACGAUUACACCGACGGAAAGAUUAUUUACAAUAAAUUCAAGUCGGUCGUAUCGUACGCGGUGGCUGACAUGCCCAUUUUCAGCCUGAAGACCGUUGAGAGUGCCGAGAAACUGCCAGUCUACGACUCCUUGGAUUCCGACGUCAUCCAAAACUAUCUGGAGUUUUCGCUUGCUUCACUGCUAUUUUACGCAAUGAAAGAGGGUGCUUGCUCUGAGCAGUCAUCCCGUAUGACGGCUAUGGACAAUGCCUCAAAGAACGCUGGAGAAAUGAUUGACAAAUUGACUCUAACGUUCAACAGAACCAGACAGGCUGUCAUUACCCGUGAGCUGAUUGAAAUUAUUUCUGGUGCUUCUGCUCUGGAGAGCAAGGACUAAGCAAGGGUGCUUCACUGAACGCGAAACAUUCGAUAUUCUCCGCGGCAGUCAAAACAGUCAGUAUGUAUGAGGUAUAACUGUUGAAAACCGCUGCAUUAACAUCUAAGAGGGUUGAAUAGUUUACAAAUUAAUCGAAAAUAUUAUUUAAUAGUGAAAA